CGCGCGCCCCGACGAAGCCGUCGCGCGUCGAUGGGGUGCUGCGACCCCGCGACGUCGGGAGACGGCGGCGGAGGAUGCGCCCCGCCGGCCGCGAGGGCCGACGACGCCGGCGCGGGGCCGACGCGCGCGCCGCGCGGCGACGCGUCCGCGUCCGCGUCCGCGUCCGAAAAUAAUGGAAUAUUCCACCCCCCGCUGCAUCUCCGUCGCAUCCAAGACGCGGACCUCACCGGCAAGGUCGUCCUCGUGCGCGUGGAUCACAACUGCGUGAAGGGCGGGCAGCUCAAAGACGCGUUUCGCGUCGACGCGUCGCUCGCGACGCUGUACAACAUCGUCGAGCGCGGCGGACGACCCAUCCUCAUGUCGCACGUGAACCGACCCAAGGACAAAAAGACGAAGCGCGUCACCGUCGACGACGCCGACGCCGUCGCCGCGGUCGCGCGCUACCUCACGCGGAAGCUCGGCGUCGUCUUCGCGUGCCCGGAGUUCCGCGUCGUCGACGGCGACGGCAUCGUGGACAUCGACACGAGCGUGAACUGGCUCAUCGAAGACUUGCGCGCGCGACGCGUCGGCGGCGUGUAUUUACCCAACACGAGGUGGUUCCUCGGCGAGGAGGCGGGCGAGGGGUCCGAGGCGGCCACGCGGUUCGCGACGCAGCUCGCGGGCCUCGCGGACGUCUUCGUGAACGACGCGUUCGGGUCGUGGCAGCCGCACGUCUCCACGCUCGGCGUCGCCAAGUUUUUGCCCUCCUACGCGGGAUUGCUGAUGCAGCGAGAGUGCGAGGCGCUCGACGCGUUGAUCUACCCGACGCGGCCGUUCGUCGCCGUGAUCGCGGGGUCCAAGCUCGACACGAAGAUCGGCACGAUACGCGCGAUCGCAAAACGCGCGGACGCCGUGAUCCUGGGCGGACAGCUGUACAACGCGUACGUCGCGGCGAAGCACGGCGUGACCAUCGCGGGCGUCGACGCGGAGGACGUCGAGCUCGCGCGGCGGGAGCUUCUGGCGCCGGAGAUGGAGGCGAAGCUGGUUUCGCCGGAGACGGUCGUGGAGAGCGAGACGCUGGACGGGUGCGGGUGCGUCCCCGUCGACGGCGAGUGCGUCAGCGUCGUCACCCCCUCCAUAAGAAGGUCCGUGGGGAGCAGGGACGACGCGAAGCGGUUCGGGCCGGUGCGGCAGCGGCGCGUGAAGGACCUGACGGCGGGGGAGACGUGCGGGUAUUUUUUGGACGUCUCGCGCGAGUCGUUUCGCGACGGCUCCCGCGUCGCGAAGGCGAUCGAGGGCGCGUCCACGAUCUUCGUGAACGCGGUCGUGGGGUUGACGUCGUCCGGGUUCAACGAGGGCACGAGCGCGUUGGACGCGGCGGUGGCUGCCAACGUCGGAGCGCGGAAGUAUUUCGGCGGCGGCGACACGCUUCAGGAGUUCAAGUCGCUCUCGCCCGGGCUGUUUCUCAGCGCGCUGGACGAUCCGAAGUUUUACCUCUUCACCGGCGGCGGGACGGUUUUGAAAGCGCUCGCGAUGGGCGGCGCGGGAGAGCUCGAGACGGUCAAGGCGCUAAGGAUGAGCGCGGCGGAGAUCGAGCGGGCGCGGGGCGGCGCGGACGGGAAAGGCGCGGCGUCGGAGGCGCCGCGGUGCAUGCGGCUCUCGUCGUGCGACUGCGGGUGA